AUGGAUCGGACCCAUCCAGUUCAUCAUGUCUUUGUCUCGCGACCCGAGGGUACACAGUCUCUCGAAACCUCGUCGGCAUACUCGUCCCCGGUCUCGACAAUAGGAUCCCAAGGAGGCUUUUCGCCAAUCGGCUUAGGGAUCUCCAAUUGUGGCAUUGAGAAUGCCUUCGGCCAAGUGAGGCUCUAUGCCCCAUCCAUGCCUGUCCCACCUGCAGGUCCAUCACAACUAGUUCCUGAAGCGACCCCCUACGAUUUUCAAUUCAAAGUUGAUGACGACCGCUCCGAAUACGCAAUCUACAAUAAACUCGCAGAUGCCUCGGAGUCUUCACUUGGCGUCUACAACCCAACAGCCAUGAGCGCGUCCUCUAGUUACGAUUCCGUGGAACUAGAUACUCGCCAGUGUACAUUUCCGUCCGACGUUUACUCUUGGAUCCAAACGCCUUGCUCGGCACCAAUAACCCCAUCAGAGCUUGUCCCCACUGUUGGUAGCGGAACUGGACAAUGGGACCAGAGUCUAUUCUCCGCUACAUGCGCCCCAGUCAACAUGCCCAUUAUGCCAGUCACCGAUACCAUCUACCCCGCGAUGCAAGAGGACAUGUCAUUCGGGAGUGCCUCUGGACGGAACAUGACCCCAGAGCGAGUCAUGACUCAGUCCCGAACAGCAUCCCCUGGUAGGACAGAAACGGAUUCAAAAUCGGUCAAAGGAAGUCGUUCUCCCCGCAGCAAACUUAUCUCUGCCAGUGGUCUCCAGUGUCCGAUAUGUGGUUCGAAAUUCACUCGGCGCUCCAACUGUAAAGAACAUCAAAAGGCACACGAUCCUAGUUGGAAGACGAAACACCCGUGCAAAGAAUGUGGCAAGACAUUUGGCAGGAUGUCAGAUCUGAAAAGGCACCUAAACAAUGUCCAUUUAGGGAUCCGCCGACGGAAUUGA